UGGUUCUAACUGCACGCCACUCGAGCUGCUUACGUUUUUACCACGCCCUUUUCUUUAACCUGGUUUAGAGUAAUUGAUAUCGUUUCUAAAACGAAGGACUGGAAUUUCAUCCUUAUGAACUCAUAGACAUGGUGUCCGAUCCACCUUAGCAUAUAAAGAAUGGACACCAAAACCCCUCCAGACAUUAAUUAGGUCUGCAUCAGUGCCUACUAAUCCCCUCUCUGAUGACAGCUUUUCAGCUUUGUUUUCAAUAUUAAAUGCAAGUCAGAAAAUGAGAAGCAUGGAAGAGGGCGAAUUAACUGGAAAUAUUGUAAGGCUUAAGAAAAUACUUAUGUUUCUCAGGUAGCUAUUUAUAAGAGCAGUAUUAGUAGACAUACACACUUCCAUUAACGCACUACCAUAGCCGUCUUGGUGUUCACCAUCAAAUCAUUUUAAGGUAGUGAAAACUGAUAAAAGGGAAGCGGUUUGGGUCGAGUAGCAAAGUUCAGAAAGCAAAGCUGAGGAGUAGAUUCAAAUCAUAGUGAUAUUAAAUCAGCUGAACAGAAAAAGAAGAGCUGCAAAAGAUGGAUUGUGGUGAAAGUGCUCUUUGUGGAGUUGGAGAACUGGAGCUGGAUCCAGAUAUUGUGAGCGAAGAAGCGGGGAAACUGUACUCAGAACUGCAGUUAGUGGUGGAGACUCAUGGAGCUGGCGUGGUGGAGUCCCUGCUGCCCAUCCUGGUGUGGGUUUUGGAAGGACUGGCGAGCUGCAGGGCUCAGCUGAGAGAACGAGAGGAGGAGGCAGAGAAAGAGAAAGGAGAGAAGGAGGAAAUGUUGGAGAGAUAUCAGAGUGAGAAGACACUUAGAAGAGAGAGCCAAGAGCGCUAUUUAGAGUUGGAUGACCAAUUUGAGCAAGAGAGGAGGGCAAUGCGUGCAAGAGAAAAGGAGAAAGAAAAGAGAGAAAGAGAGCUAGAGAAGAAAGCCAGGGAGCAAGCUGACCAAUUGGGGGCUCUGGAGGAGCAGAAGGCAAAUUUGACCCGAGAACUGAAUUCACUGAAACACACACAUAACAAGUUAGUACUGACACAUCGAGAUCUGCUGGAAAAGAAAAAAGAGUGGGAGAGUGAAGCGUGUGCUGUCAGGAAUCAUAUCCACAGCAAACACAGAGAGUCUACUCAAGAUCAAAUUGAAACCUCAAUCACUGAAGAGCAUGGGCCAGAAGCUGCCGCUGUCACUGAGUCGAACAGAUCAGAAGUAACGGUUACUAUUGACUGCAAAGCUGAGGUUAACCAUAACACAGAUCAAUCCUUUAUCAGUGACAUCAUAAGCUCCACCCCUGAGCUGGCCCAUUUGAAGGGCCUUGUUGAAACAAGCUCCCCCAUUUGCCCCAAGACAGUGACAUCUGGAUUAAACUCCAGUUUGUUUGAGGAGAUGAAACAUGCCCAAGUGAAGGUGAAAGAGACAAAUGAAGACCAGAAGGUGAAAGCUGGAGAAAAAACAGAGGAGGAGGAAAGCUUAGAUGAUGACGUGGAUAGCUUGGAGUGGGAGUUGCGGAAUACUGACUCCGUGUUUUCUGAGUUAUCUGAACUCAGCCGCGAUUAUUUGGAAAGUGUGGACCAGGGGGCCAGUGUCAGAGAUAACACAGACCAGUUUGAGCAAAUUCUUUCUCAAUAUGAGGAACUAAAACACACUCAUGAAAUGGUGGAUGCUGCUCGUAAGGCCCUUAUAUCCCGUGUUGAAGAGCUGACAAAUGAGAGAUCAGCCCUGAAUUUGGAGCUUGCUUCCUGUCAUGAAACCAUCACUCGGCUGGAAGGAAAAUCCAAGGAGAUGGAAGAGGAAACCAAGCGACUACGAAAAGAGCUGGAGACCUUUCAGUCAGAGGACCCUGAUGCAUCUCUACCUAGCUCCCUCCGUCGAUUCUCUCGUUCUGAAAUGGCUCGGGUCGUCAUGGAGAAAAAUCAGUACAAAGAGCGUCUGAUUGAAUUGCAGGAAGCUGUGCGGCGUUCUCAGACUCUGAGAGUUACCAAAGAAGAGCGCAUCCCUGUGGAAGGGAAGGGCAGUGUUUGGAGCAGGUUUAACCGUUUUCUGGGGUUGACGAAGGGUCAGUUAGCUCCAGCCACAGCUUUAGCAUUAACAGUCUCUUCCUCCCCAGCCCCUACACAAACACCAUUGGGGUCUCCACAACAACUGUCCGUGAGACAGACACAAACAGAGAGUUCUUCAUCUCCCAGAUUAAGGAAAAGAGAGUUGUACAGGGAGAUCCGUUCUCACGUGUGGGGAACUCUGGGAAAAAAACAGCUCCAUGGCUGGAGUAUGCCUCUCAUGGUUACAAACAUAAAGGACUGUGACCCUCAUCCUGAGCCCAAAGACGUGCCUGUCCUCAUCCAGUUGAGACUGUUGGACCAGAGAGAUGCUACAGCAAAGCUCACAUGUGCUGUUGCAGUGCCUCCAGAAAUAUCAGGAGAGCAGACGUGUUCUGUUUGGGCUAUCACUGGACCUGCAUCUAGUAGUGAUGUCACAGUGAUUGACCCGGCCCGCUCCAAUACCAUUCUGGAUCAGUUCAGCCUUCCGCCCACCUCCCCUGCACUAUGCAUCUGUGCUGUGCCCCCUACUGGUGACACUGCUGGAACUGUGUGGAUUGGAACACAGGAUGGAGGUGUGUUGAUCCAUUCAGCGUCCAGCUCACGUCGGCUCUGUUUGCAGUCUGUCAAGCUUUCCGAGGGGGUGCACUCUCUGACGUAUUCUCAGGGUCAGGUGAUUGCUGGAUUAGCCAAUGGGACACUUGCUUUCUUUACCCACAAUUCAGAUAUCUGGAAUCUUCAGACUCAGGAAGUGCUUUCGCUUGGUACGCCGCCAUUGCAGCCCAUUCGCUGUUGCCUAGCAAAGGAGGGGUAUCUUUGGGUGGGAUACUGGAAUAAAGUUUACAUUAUCAAUGUGAAAAAUCGGAAAGUAGAGAAAUCAUUCACAGUGUCUGAGCGAUGUGAGCAGCAGGUGCGUUUCCUGUGUGCAGCAGGAAGUGGAGUUUGGACCUCCUGUCGUUUGGAUCCCAUCUUUAGGCUUUUUGAUUGGACGACUGGCCGCCCACUACAAGAAGUAGAUUUAUCGGCCAUGGUGACUAGAGCUUUAGGCUCUGCGUACCUGUCUCUCUCUCCUCUUCAGAUCACAGCCUUAUCUGUGGUCAGUGGGCGGCUGUGGGUGGGCACAGGAAGUGGUGCAAUCUUCUCAGUAACGCUGUCACUCAGUUCAGAGUCUUGUUCUAUACCAUACUGCUCUCUGGCUUCAGCUCAGCUCUGUUACCACGGCCACCGACAAGCUGUUAAAUUCAUUAUAUCUGCUCCAGGCUGUCGCAGUUCCUCCAGUUCAGCAGAUGGCACUUUUACUACCUCUCAGCUCAUUCUCAGUGGAGGAGAAGGGUACAUCAACUUCCGAAUUGGAGACGAUGGAAGUGAUGGCGCCAACGAGUGUGUCCCACAGAGAUCUGAGCGAAGCCACAUGAUUAUUUGGCAGAGCCCCUCCCCCUCUGUCCCAAGCCCCGCCCUCUAAAAGCACUAUGAAUGUUCACUCAAAACUGUUAACUCAAAACUCUCUUAUGGAAGAGUGCACUACUUAAGACAAUGCAUUACUUUUCUUCUGUCCUACUUCUACAGGUAAUUCAAGGGCUUUGUUACAAGAAGUCAAAAUAAAGCAGUUUUUUUAUAAAGUGUUAUUUUGGACCUAUAACAGUCAUUAAGUACUAUUUUUACUUGUUUUGGGGUGAACCGUCUAUGUGAGACGGUAUGUUUUUUUUUUUUGUUUUUUUUAAUUCCUAUCACUUUUCAACUGGCUUCUCUCCAGUAUGCUCCAAAUGUUGCAAUGUAGUUGGCCAGUGUUUUUAUUUUUAUUGGUUAUUUUGUUAUACACAAUUAUCCUAAGAACUGGAACAAAGACGGGUUGUGAAGAUGAUGCAGAACUGUUGGCUAGGAUUGUUUACUGUGUUCAUUUUCCUUUAUAGUUCUUGUAAAUGAUGGAAAGUGAUUUAUUUAAACUGACUGUCAGUAUUUUCACCACAAAAAAACAAAGUUUAAAACCAUAGCUUUUUGUGCCUUUUUGUUGGGUGCUAUGUUGUCAUGUUUUCCAGUUGAUCUGUAGCACAAGGUGUAACAAACCAAAUGGAUUUAAUGACAUACAAAGAGGAAACUGACCGAGAUUGACACACUACCUAAAUUAUAUCACUGUCCUUGAAAUCUAUAGUGCAUGUACUUAAAACUAAUCAAAAUACUGUUUUCACUUGUUUUAUUUUUAUGUUUGAGAACAACUGGUGGUUGUGGCUUUUAUUAUUUUAUUAUGGGCUGUUGUUUCCUAACUUAUUUGUUGUAGAAAAUUUAAUGGAGGGAUUUAUUACGCAGAUUUGGUUAUUACGUUUGCAGUACAUUUAGCAGUAUUUGAGUGAAUGAGGGAACUUGAGUCUGUACCUAUUUAAUGAGAGAGAGGAGGUGACAAAGUGCUCUCUUAACUGGAAAAUCCUAUGUGGUUCAUAUUGUGGAACAAUAUGACUGUAUAAUUAAAUUGUAUUUAGUUUUGGUCAAGUGUUUCAGUAUUGGUAAAAUAAAGUACCAAAGCCA